CUGGGCAGUGAUGGAAGGGGAGAGGAGGAGGGAGGGAGGGACAUGGCAUGGGGUUUGCUGAUUUUUUUUUUUUUUUGUAAGAGAGGAAAUAGAGCCGCCAAGCUGGGCUGCAAAUCAUUAAAAGUCUUGCUUGCCUGCCAGCGUGCAAAAUACAAGAGAGGAACAUAGAGGCAGGUCCUGUCUCACCCUACCUGCCUUCCCCCUGACCUGCCAGGCUACCUUGACCUUCUGGAUGCUCAGGGUCAGCAACACGCAAGGUUCCAGGUGUGCGUUCUAUCCAGGUAAGCCUGUAGAACGUUGGGGAUCACUGUCUGCAUCUGGAGUGGGCGGCUGGUCUCCAGGGAACUGCUAGGAAAUUCUCUACUGCUGAAUGAUGGCUGGAUUAAUGCAAGCAGCAGGGCUCAGGGCUUUCUGGGGGGAAAGGAAAGCACAGCAGAGGCACGAGCAUAGGAUGUACAGAUGUGUGCUGCCUUGUUGGGCUUGGGGUAUGUAUACUUUGGAUCUGGGGUGAGGGGAGGUAUAGAUGCUGUGGUCUGGACUCCAACUCAGAGCAUGCAGCUAGAGUACCAGAUGUAGCCUCUCCCUGUGUGUGACACCCAUUCAUUAUUUUUUGGACAUUACUUGGUGCAUAGCAGAGAGGGAGCCAAUGGUAGCUGACAGCAUGCUGUGAGUUGGGCUGAGCACAGCUGGAAUGCUGUAGGUGGCCUAGCCUUGUGUGUGACCCUUGUUUGUGUUGACACCCAUUCAUCUGUGGCACCCUUUGUAAAACAGGAAACCAAGUGGCAGUGAAUAAUGCAGGGCAUUGUCCUUCAGACUUGCUGGGAUUGUAAAUUCUUGCAACAUUUCUCUCUGUUGAAAGUGGCAACCUUUUUUAUUUUGAAGAAUUUGUAGCCAAGCCUCAAGAAGCACAGACAUGGUGGGCUAAGCAUUAUGUGAGUGGAGAUCCAAAGUACUGGCAGUGCCAAGGGAUUUAUCACCAGCAGUAAGUUAAUGUCCAUUCAUUUUGGAAAUCAGUUUAGCAACUUCCUGUAGCAGGGCAAGAGGUCGUGAGCUUGGAGUAAAAUUAUUGUUUUGUUUUAGUAAUAGCAAAAUAAACAAGUAAAAGCUAAAAGCCAUGGACCAAAAACAACCCUAGGCCUCUCUGAUAACUAACUACCUUUGGCACUGCAGAAGUUUGCAAACUACAUUCCCCAGAUGCCUCCAGGCUGGUUAAAUAUCAUGGGAAAUGUAUGUCCUAAUCAUUUGCAAUGCUAAGGUUAGCCAUCAGUGGCCUAGGGUCUGGAAGCAGAUGUGCUGCUAGUAAUUAGAUUUCUCUAAUCCCCACCCUGCCUUCUAAAACCAUAAAGUCUGGAGCAGAAUGCAGUUCUUUGUUUAUGAUCGGUUAAACCAAGAGCUGGAAGAUUUGAAAGGAAUUGUUUAAGAUUCCUGGAGGCAUUAAAAGUUUGGCUAUGACUGGCGCAGUGUAUUAAAAUAAAUAAAUGAAAAUGUGUGUGUUUAUGUGUGGGAAUGGGGGCAAGAAGGAUUAUAGUAGACAUGCUGGUGUUUAGGAAUUCACACCGGGAAUAAAAAAAAAAAUAUAUUUUUGUAUGUUUAGCUUCAUAAAGCCAGAAAACAAAGCGAAUAAACAUACAAAAUAACAACCUGGAGACAAUGUAUAAAUAACUAUUCUUGGAGAAAGUUCUAAAUGUAGAUCAGUAAUUAGAAACAUUCCGUUGGUUUCCAUGGUGAUAGCUCCGCUUUUAGAACUGCAAUUUUUUUUUUUUUUACAGAUAACCCUUGCGUAUCACGCCAUUAGAAUUUCUAUCUUAAGGUUGUUAUUUUUGGCUUUUUUUUGGUCAUGCUUGCUAACGUUGUUCUAUCCUUUCAUUCAGUACUCCUAUCCCUGUUUCUUUUCCCCAAUUUCUUUUGCAUUCCUUCACCUCUCCUUCCCCUCCAUCUCUCGUUCUUUUCUUUUGCCCGCUCACUCUUCCUCCUUUUUUUUUAUGGAGGCGACAUUUUCCGAGCUCUGUACAGCCUUUCAUUCCCAAGCAAAGAUGUAGUUUCUCCACACAGAUUCCUGACUGGUCUUUGCAUUCAGGCUGGUGGUAUAAAGGGGACUUUGUGAAAUAAUAUGAUGCAGUGGUCCAACCACUGAAUGGAAUUUAAGGGGGGGGCAAGUGACUUCUGUAAUUUUCCUUUUUUUAGAUGCAGAGGGCGGUUUUUAUUCUUCAAAAUCGCAAUCUAGAAAACAAUUGUAUUUCUUUUUACAUCCAUUCUGUAUGACGGAGAAUUCAGUACAUUUUUGAAACCUCCAAAGUAUUUCAUAAUAUUAUUUUGAGAAUCACUUGGUUUGGCCUCAUUUCAUUCGUAAAUCCCUCAUGUUGUUCGUCUGUGUCAUUUUUGGUUGUGUUGGAAUUUUAAAGCCACAGUGCACAUUACCUCCCUAUAAGUUCAUUUUAUUUCCAAGGGUCCUCAAUUUAAUUCGAUAAAUCUAAUUGCUUGAUUUUUCUUUUUUUUCAACAAAAAUAAUAUUGCUACGGUAGAUGCAAAAUGACUUCCAGAGUCAGUAUUUUGCCAUAAUCCAUAGGUCAUGUCCUGAGUCUAAGGCGCUCUGAUGUAUGAAUAGUUGAUGCGUUACCAAUGUAAAUGAAAUAAAAAAUAGAUACUAGAUAUAUUUCCAUUGUAUAAUGUGGGUAUUUUUUUAAUAAUUUCUGUCAAAAUAAAUAUUGUGUUAAUUACUUCAUAUUUAGCAAUUAACCAGAGCCAGUGCCCUAUAGAUCUAUGUACAAACGUUUCACAAAUCUUUGGAAUCAGGAGAACGUUUUUGGAGCAAAUGCCCCUGGGGUUUGUGAAGUCCUUCAAUAGAUAAUGUUUCACAGAUUCUGAGCAGUAUGUGUUAUAGCAAACUUUAAUUUUAAGUUUAGUGUUUCUUUAAUGACGGCGGAUUUCUGUUAAAAAACUUUAUUUUAAAGUGCGUCUUGUGUCAAUGCAAUAGCGGUAAAUGGUUAGCACCGAAAAAUAAUAAUAAUCUACAUUUAGCAACGAAGAAAUCAGGGAUUUAAAGGUUAACCACUGUGAAAUGCAUCUGUUUAAGAAAGAAAUUGAAACCAGAUACACUUUUCUGUAUCUUCAUAAAGUAUUUUCAGCUGUUUCAGGAAUAAGUAGUAACUCUAAAAUUGUUUUAAAACAACCACAAUAAGUGAAGCAGAGAAUAUAGUUCAUACCACCGCCCUAAAAUCAACUCACCCCCACAAAAGAAAAUCUAAUUCUAGCAGGCUUGCAGUGUGACUAAGCUCAUAUCAUCAUAGGUUGUGAAUGAAUCUAGCAUACAUCAUUUUAAAUGCUCUUUUAAAAGAAGCUUCUAGAGUAGAAUAUAUGGUAUAAAAGUUUUUAUAUGUGUUUAAAGGGUUACUCCAAGUAGUUUGAAGUGGUCAUGGUGACUGAAAUCUGUACGUGAAACGUUACUCUUUUAACCCCUUUUCUGCCACAUGUUGUAACUCCACAUUCUGCAGCGUCAUUGGAGCGUCAUCUGCCAGUUCUGUCCUGGCUAAUGUCAAUUCUGUGCAAAUUUUGUUGCACAGAAAUCCAAUCAUUUGCUGACAGUGGUCAGCUGAUACUCUCAGCCAAUGAAUGGGUGACAGAGAUUAAAUUUAGCUUUGUUGUAAACCCUGCUUCAGAGACGAUCUGGCGCCUGGCAGCACCAAGUAAAUUGGCAAACCACUGUAAAACAGUUUGCCUUAUUAACAAGGGUACAAACACCCCAGGGUACUCCUUACACCAUAAGCACUUCAGCAGACUGGUUGGAGUAACCCUUUUGUAGAAAAAACAAACAUACACGUUUUAACGCUUUUAUUCAUGACCAAAUCAUUGCUGGGAUUAAAGACUUGUAUGAUAUUAAAGCACAAUUUGGCAUAUACACUGAUUAGCCACAACAUUAAAACCACCUGCCUAUUAUUGUGUAGGUCCUCCUCGUGCUGCCAAAACAGCUAUGAUAGAUCGAAGCAUGGACUCCACAAGACCUCUGAAUGUGUCAUAAUGUAUCUGGUACCAAUACAUUAGCAGCAGAUCCUCCAUGUAUCACAUUCAUUUAUCCUGCACAUCCCACAGAUGCUCAAUUUGAUUUAGACCUGGGGAAUUUGGAGGCCAAGGUAACACCUUGUCAUGCCUGUCAAACCAUUCCUGAAUAAUUUUUGCAGUGUGACAGGGUGCGUUAUCCUGCUUAAAGAGGCCACUGCCAUCAGGGAACCCCAUUGUCUUGCAGGGGUGUAUAUGGUCUUUAACAAUCUGUAUGUAGGUGGUACGUGCCAAAGUAACAUCCACAUGAAUGCUAGGACCCAAACAGAACAUUGCCCGGAGUAUAACACUGCUCCGCCAGCCUCCCUUCUUCCCAUAGUGCAUCCUUCUGCCAUCUCUUCCUCAGUUCAACAACGCACAUUCACCCAGCCAUGCACCUGAGCUAAAAGAAAACAUGAUUCAUCAGACCAGGCAACCUUCUACCUAUGCUCCAUGGUCUAGUUCUGAUGCUCAUGUCCCCAUUAAACGUGCUUUUGGGAGUGGAUAAAGGGUUAUUAUGAGCACUCUGAUCGGUCUGCGGCUACACAGACCCAUACGCGGCAAACUGCAAUACAUUGUGUGUUCUGACAUCUUUCUAUCAUGGACAGUAUUACGUUUUUCAGCAAUUUGAGCUUCAGUAGCUCUUCUGUGUGAUUGGACCAGACUGGCUAAGCGUUGCUCCUUACAUGCUCUUUAUGAACUUUGGGUGCCCAUGGCGCUGAUGCCAGUUCACCGGUUGUCCUUCCUUGCACCACUGUUGGUAGGUACUAACCACUGUAUACCGGGAACACCCCACAAGACUUGCCAUUUUGGAUAUACUCUCACCCAGUCAUCUAACGGCACUAUUUGGCCCUUAUCAAAGUCACUCCGAUCUUUUUACUUACCCAUUUUUCCUGUUCCCAACACAUGAAAUUCAAGAGUUGGCUGUUCACUUGUUGCCUAAUAUAUCCCAUCCAUUGACAGGUGCCAUUGUAACAAUAUAAUCAAUGUUAUUCACUUCACCUGUCAGUGUUUCUAAUGUUGUGGAUGAUCAGUGUGUAUGUUUCAAACAAAGCAAAAAUCUGCAAAAUGUAAAACCGAAACCAAAAGUCAUAAUCACCAAAAAUUAAUAUCUUUAUGUAACAGCGUUCUCAUCUCAUUUACUCUUUGGGUGCCACAUGCCUUUUUUGGCCAUUUUCUUGGCCAACAUCAGUUCUUUGCUAGAGUUAUAAAACAGGAGAAAACGCCUUGGAAAAAUUUGAAAUGUGUCUGCUGAGGACAUGGUCAAGGAUAGAUAAAUGGCCAGUGCCACUAUAUAAGUGUGAGCGUCCAGUAUUGUGUUACCAAAUCACUAUGUUGUAGAAAAUAGAACAAGAAUCGUGUGCCAUUGCCAUGCAGUGCACACCUGUGCGCUGAGUAACAAAGUUUUAUGCCAACAAUCUCAGCAUGGCAUAGAUCUGGCUGUAGUUUUCCCACCAAUGUUGCUCUUCAUAGAGAAUGCCUGUUGUAUUCCACUCAAGCUUCCCAAUAUAUGACCCCUGCCCAUUCAUCGUUCACGCCCAUGCAUUUUACAGACAUACAGACUCAGUUGUUUGACAAAAACAAGCCCUUUCAAAUACCAGUGAUGUUGGCUGUGUCACUUGACCACUGUGACCCUUACCUUUUAUGACACCAAGUAAUGGGUUAUUAGUUAAAGGCAGAAGUAUCUUGGAGCCACAUCGUCUUUUCACAGUUGUGCAUGCAAAAUAGAAGUUGGUGAAACAUCCCACGAACAUAGUUGUCAUUGUCAUCUAUUGAAUAUCACUAGAGGUGAAUGAUGGCAAAAAGUACAAUAUGUCCAGUUGAAGAUUAUUGACAUUUCAUCUUUUGCCAUCCUGGGCCAAAUAUCGUUGCAUACAAGUGACAAAUUAGUCCCUACUAAGUAAAAUUCCACUAUAAUAUAUGUGUUUUUCGUGAAGAUUAAGUGGAACUCAGAAGUGACAGUGUUGCGUUAAAAGACCUUUCAACACACAUAAAAUACUUCUGAUAGCUGAAGUGCUCUAUGGGUGAGAAGUAUCCCAUUUUAAAGGCACUUUUAUCAUUAAAUCAUGAAACACCCAUGGACUGUCAAUCAGACAGCUAGGGGGGCAUUAUCUUGCUUCUGAGGUGCACUUGCUAACGGAGGUGUACUUGAGCGUGCCUGCCUCUCCCCAUCACCCCCCCGUAUUGCUACUCACAGACCUGCGUUCUUUCUGAAGUGUGCGCAUGAGCAGACGCACACACGGAGGGAUAGCUUCAGAUGGUUUUCAAUAGUUAUUUCCCUGUGAAGACAUUGAAAGUCUCUUCUGGGGAAAAGGUGAGGCUUGCUAAGGCUGCAGUUAAUAAGAACUGCAGAUUUUGCAUGCUCUUUGAAGAUAUACCCCCAAUGAAUACAUGCAUUAAAAAUGCAUGCAUAGAUUCAUUGAGGGUAUAUAUACUAAACAGGGAUUUUUGUUGUUAUUUUUUUCCCCAUAAUUAGCACUGUGUAGUGUUAUUUUUAAAUAAAUUAUCUUGGCAUAUUAAGACAUGUACUUGAUUUUUUUCCUACUUUCAAUAACUCCUGUGCUACACUAUGAAGCCUGGUUGAUAGCCUUGAACAGCGAUGGCAAACCUAGGGCACGUGUGCCACAGCUGGCACGCCGAGCCCUCUCUGUAGGCAAUCAGCCAUAGGUCGCCGGGGGCACGCCGCUGGCGCCAGACGGCAGCCUUAGGUCCCACAGCGGUAGAGUCGCAGAGGGGGAAGAUUGAGAACCCCUACCUAGAGCGCCACAGGGAAUACAGUGUCACCGGACCACUAGGGAAAAAGCUGCCCCCCUCCCUGGAAGCAGAUAAGAAUCACUAAAAAAAUAUUACAUUUAAAUAUAAAAAAAUAUAUAUAUAAUAAAAAAUUAAAAGGAUGCUGCCCACUCAGACCCUGCAACACUCAGCCCCCCUCCUAACCUUUAAAGUCUCUAUCACACUACACAAACUGCACCCCCUCACAAUCACACACACUGCAACCCCUCACAAUCACACACACCGCACUCCUCACAAUCACACACACUGCACCCCUCACAACCACACACACAGCACCCCCUCACAACAACACAUACUGCACCCCUCACAGACACUGCACCCCUCACAACCACACACUGCAGCCCUCACAACUACACAUACUGCAGCCUUCACUAUCAAACACACUGCACCCCUCACAACCACACACACUGCAGCCCCUCACAACUACACUUACUGCACCCCUCACAAUAACAGUGCCGUGUUGGCACUUUGAGGAAAAAAAGUUGGUUUGUAUUGCGGUUUGGGCACUUGGGCUCAGAAAUGUUCGCCAUCACUCGCCUAGAAUAUGUCACUCAGUGGAGGGAACUCUUAUAAACAUCAAAGCACUUAGUCCAUCUUUAACUCUGUCUAACUGUCCCUGGGAUUUAUUUCCCGUAAUGACAAUGUGUUUCAUGAAACCAGUGAUAAUUGUUGUUGAGCGACUUCUAUUUAGAUUUAUUGCAGACAUUGAGCUAACAGGCUAAUAUAGUCAGGAAGAAUGCUUAGGAGCCAUUAUGCGGUUUAUUGCACCGUUGACGUUAAAGGCAUUCUGACACAUAUUUCUGUAGGUCGUUGUGGAAGAACAGAGGUUAAUUAAGGCCUACCUCGUAUGCUGGUGCACAGCAGAAUCUCCCUGCUUGUACAAGCAUGCACAGGUAUAUUCUCCUACAUCCCUUUAGCUCAAAACACGCUUCAGCUGUGAACGAGUCACUGCAAGUUCUUAUUGCCAAGGCGUUUUUUUUUUUUUGUAGGUCUAGAAAUCACGCACAGACUGUUCCAGGAAACCGACAAUUAUACAUCCAGGAAAGAGGCGAGAGGUUCGUGAUCGCGUUCCAAUGUCUCUUUCCCUUGUUUAACCCAUUGGUCAACAGGAUCGUCUCCUCCUGAAAGAAUGGCUGCAAAACGUAGCGGUUCGCUCGUUCGUUUUUCUAGUUUGGCAUGUCGGUGUCCUGUUGACUUUUCUGAAUUCAGAAGGGUUAAGCUACAGAGAACUGAGACUUCGAUAAUAAAAGCUUACAGAAGUGUCAUUGUGGGACGAAAGAGGCUCCCAGCUGCACAGCAGAGCUCAUUUGUGUUUGCUCUGUCACGAUGCAGAGCGAGUACAGAAAGAGCUCUCGAUGAGGGACAUGAUGAUAUAAGAGACUAUAAUGAUUGCACAUAGUGCAGGCAAUCGUGCUUGCCAUUAGAUAGAUCUAUGGCUUUUUGUAUGAAGAGUAAAGCAAUGGAUGUAUGGAAUAGCAGGGCAUUCUCAGUUGCUGCCCAUAGUGAUUAUUGCUGAUUUUUUUCUUAAUUUGCCCUAGAAAUUGCCUUAUCACGACAAUAAGAAUAAAGGUAAUUAUGUUUCUGCCUGAUCAGUUACCACGCUGUAAUGUUACCAGGCAUUCCCUAUUGCCUGCUGGGUGCAUUUACUGAACAGGGAGUUGCAAUAAGUUGUCAACCAAUUCACAAAAUUUAGACCAAAGCAGACAGGUUCUAAAAAAAAAUAUGUUCUCCAGCUCAGGAUUAUCUAAUAGUUGUUUUAAAAUAAAUAAAUAAAUAAGUAAAUAAUUUCAGUUACGCAUCAUCUAAUUCAGUUUCGUGUAAUCAUUUCGAGCCUCAGUGGGAAAUAACGGGAUCUGUAGCAGUUUUGAGAAUUCACCAGUGUGGUACCUGGAACCACUUUGGGGAAUCGCGAAUGGGGGAUCUGGAGCCACUUUGGGUAAUCAGUAAUGUGAGAUCAUUCUGGAGCCAUAAUGAGAAAUAAUUUCUGUUUAAUAUGUAGCUACAUUGGGAAGUCUCUAAGUAGGAUCUGUAGGCACUUUGGAAAAUCACUAAUGUAGAUUUAUGGAAAAUUACUAAUGUGAGAAAUGUACCCACUUUGGCAUGUCACUAAUGUGAUAUCUGUAGCCAUUUCAGGAAGUCACUAAAGCCGAUUUUAUCCUGCUUGUCAGAAUGGUCUACAAAGGCCUUAUGACAUUAUGGUAUGGCCUGUACAUUAACUUUCAGCAAUGCUAGAAUGUUUACCACUGAAAUAGCAGGACAUCUCCAUUCCAUGUCAUUGAGGGGUCUUUAAUGGGUUACAAGUAGUUUAUUCCACAUCUUUGGACAUCUAAGACAUUCGCCCCCUUCACACCAGGGAAUGGUUGAAGAAAUCCAAAUGUAGAUUUGCGUCAUGUUGCGUCAGAUCAUAAAAAGCAUUCAAGUGUUCAUGAUUUUCUGAAACCAAGGACAAUGUUUGGAAUGUCCGAGCCACAGAAGUUCCACUGCCGGGACUGUCCUGACCAAAUAGGGAUUUUUGACAAUUCAUGGCUUCACAGCAGUGAUAAAAUAGUCCGUAGGGGAGAUGCAAUUAGCUGUGAUUCCAUGCAACAAUGUACUGUGGGUGGAAUGCCCACACUAAGAUAGCUGCCAGAUUUGAUUGGACAAUGUCCCAGGCUCAUGCAAUUUUUUUUUUCCCUAUUGUUUGUUUUACCACUUUACCAGCAUUGUCCAUGUGGCCAAGUCAAUAAAGCUAAAUAAGUUUUUACAAUACUACACAGCUACUCAUACAGCCUAAUUACAAACCGGUAAUUGUAACCUCUUUACUUUAUUCAAUCUUUCUAAAAAAGGUGGUGUGUUCCGAUUUUUCAAAACAUUUUUUUUUACUGUGUCUAUAGACUGGUUUUGAGUCUGGAAAGUGCUUUACAUCUGAAAAAAUCAUUUAAUUAUUGAUAUAUAUACAAUCUGCUGAAAUGUACUCUAAGCACGUCUGUGGAAUGCGUGCCUGGUAAAAUGCAAAGUGUGGUUUUCAUCUUACUAUAUAGGUAUCAAGGCCAGUAAACUUCAUAUCGGGCCUCAAACUCUCAAAUGGGCAAAAAGCAUCUGAAAUGAUUUUAAAAAACACCCUUUUGCUGUAAAACAAAGGUAACCUGUAAAGAACCGAGAAAUUUGCAUCCUAUAUGUAGGGAGUCUUAUGAUCUAUCCUAAAUCUGCUAUGCGUUGCUCGCUGUUAAAGAUUGUUGAUCAGUUGCUAUUACAGCCUUGCCAUGUUUAAAGGACAACUGUCGUGACAUUUUCUCUUUUCAUUUUGAAAAGUUCAUUACAUUUCAUAGAAACUUAAAGGGACAAUAUAAUGCCAGUGAUAUAAAAACAUAUUCCUGACACUAUAGGUGUGAAAACACCAUUUAGGUGGCCGGCCCCCCUUGGCCCCUGUAAAAGAGUUAUUUUACUUACCUUUUUCCAGCGCCGCGCAUGUCUCCUUGCUGCUGGCCUCGCCCACACUCCACCAUCUAUAGAAAGAGCAUGCGCAUCAAAGCACAGUGCUGUGCCAGUCAGCAUCUCCUCUUAGAGAUUGAAUCAGUACAUCUCUAUGAGGAUGUUCAGCACCUCCAGGAAGCACCUCUAGUGGCCGUCUGAGUGACUGCCACUAGAGAUGUUACUAGACAACAAUGUAAAGACUGCCUUUUCUCUGAAAAGGAGUUUCACAUAUAACAAUCACAGCAGUGGGAAGGUUAGAUGACCAUCAGAUUUGACUUGGAGGUAUGAUAUCAGGAUGGGUGAGCAGUCCUGAGGGGGCUUUGCCAGUGACACAAUCACUUCACUGGUGACAUCCAUCUGAAAAAGUGGUGGGCAUUCCUACUGAAGGUCCUGUCUGGCCGGCACUCAACCUGCACAAGAGCAUCUAAUGAUGCACUUGCAUUGUGCUGCCAAGGACAGUUCCUUGGUAUCCCCAGAUGCGGGACACCAGGGAACAAAAUCGACUUGAAUACAAGUUAGAUUUUACUAUAUUUAUUGAGGCAUGUUUGUGUUCCUGACCCUAUAGUGUUCCUUUAAUGUCAAACUUGCUGAUCUGAAACACUUGCUGAUUUGAAGAAUUUUUCCAAUUCAUAUGUUUUGACAUAAAAAGUGAGGUUAAUGUUGAAUACACUUGGAAUUAACACUUUCCCAAAUAAGCCUGUAGUUGCUUCAUUGCAAACGCAGGCUAUACACGUGACAUGUCCUCACCUUCUAGAAUGUCAAAAAUCACUAGGAUAAGAUAGAAAGGGGGGCUGUGUUCUAAAAAGAGACAUAGAAAUAGGGAAGAUUGUAAGGCUCUUUACUUUUUUGUGAUUUUGAUUCUGCCUUCCAAAAUGGACCUGACACAUUCCUGCUUCUUUGUGUCUUUGUCAAGGUUCACUGUGUUUGUCAAGUUUCACAAAACAUUGCCUGAUAUUUUUGUGAUGGUUGAAAAAAGCACUUACAAGCAACACUGUUGCUGUUUUUCCAAUUUGUUUUUGUGUCUGAAUACCACAGUCAUUGAAAAGAUAGGUGACUUUCAAUUAGCAACAGAGGACAUAUAUUAGAGUCUACUCACUGGGUCCUAAAGACGUACUUCCCCUUGAAAAAAGGGUCUCCUGAGAAUGUCUCCAAGUUCUUUUUUAGUACUCUAUUAUAUGUAUAUAUAUAUCGAGGAAGUAACAGACAACAUAGUUAUGAUGAAAUUGACGUGGCCUUGCUAACUCCAUGUUGACUUAAAUAGGGUAGCUGCAAACUUAGCAUAUGGAAACAUUGUGUCACAAACCCUCCUUGGUGAAGUCAUGUCAGAGGAAACUAGGCUAGCAGCGUAGACAUGUGUGAAGGGGCUUGGCGGAGGAAGUUGGGGGUGGCUUUCCAGGAAAACAGGCAGAGAAGGACACUCCCCACUUGUCAGUUAUUCCCCACAUGGAAGUAGUUUUUGCCAACACUCUUUCCUUUUUUUCUCAAUGCAGAUCUGUAGGAUACUAUUCGUGCAGUGAUAUCCCUGGAUCUUUUUCUAACCCAAAAGUGGGAAAUCUUCAAAUCUCAGCUUCAGCACUGGAAAAUACCUGGAUGCCUACUUGUCAAACACGCAUGGUCAAGAGAAGGAAAGCAUUCUUCACCGAGUUACAGCUUGGCAUGUCCGGUGGUUUUGGAUAGCCAGCAGAAGACAUCUGGGUCGCAAAUACUCUUAAGAGAAGAAUUUUCAUAUUUACUGAUUUUUUUUUUAAAGGAUUAAAGAAAUGCCUAAUUCUCCCGACCAUCUACAAUGUUGUUGGACAUUGAUAAAGAUGACAAAAAGAUUCUGAACGAAGGUUAAGAGUGCAUUUUUGUAUGGUUGUACAUAUGCAUCCAUCGGAACUGGAAUGAACCGUUGAUGUAAUUUGAUAAAAGACUGGUUAUUUCAGCUCUAAUGUGACUUCUUCCAAUCCAGCCGGACACAGCAAUAUUAACAAAAGGCAACAGAAUAAUUGAGUAAUAUCCAUUCUUAGAAUACAGAGAAACUUGCAUCACCUGUUGUUUUUCCAUCUUUUCAUUUGACGAAUGCGACAAACAUUCUUGUACAAACCAGGACUUAAAUGGGCAAGGUGAGUCUUUGGUCAUUAAGAACCAAGAAUUGGAUGUAUUCAUAUUUAAUCGUUCUCCAGGCUAUUCAGUAAAGUUUGAAUUGUUAUUAAUCUAGAACGAAUUUCAAGAUAUUAGGCCUAAACUUUUUUAAGUCGGUCCAUUAUGUUCUAAAAUGUAAAAUGUACGCUGAAUUCUCGCCGACUCUGCGUCAUUCCAUACUUUAGUGAAUAAGCCUAUCAGUGUAAUUCACUAACCCAGUGAUUGGCCAGUAAAUUGCAAUAUUAAUGCCAAAAUAAACAAAAGGGGAAUAUUAUCCCACUGAGCUUAGGUUAAUUGGUCUAAAAUAUGCGGUUCCCAAGAUAUUCUUGUUUAGCAAAUAACCCUGAAUAUUCAGAUUUCAAAAAAAGCCUUUUCUGUAUUUAUAAAGUAGGGUCGGGUACGGCUAAAAAAACUUAGCUUUUUAUGGAUGACCUAGCUCACUAGCUAAGAAUAAAGUUAUUAAUGAAGCUAAUUAUUUCCAGGGGCAGAAAUGGCUUUUCAGCUAUUUCCUGCCUUGAAUCAGCAGUAACCCCAGAGAUACCAGUUAUACGGCAAGUUAGAGGGUCCUACUGGUAGACACUGCAAUGUGUAUAUGCUGCACAGCCUCCCAUCAGACCGCAGAGAAUAGAAAACCAAGUACAUUAUGGAGUUUUUACCUAAGUCCUCAGGCAUAAUGAAUAAUGCAGGUAUCACAGGACAGAACGAAGUGAGUGUAAUUUUAAAAGACCUGCAAGUCAGCUAUCAAGGGAGUGGGCAGGGCCAGCACGUGGGCACGCCCUCCACGCAGUUAGCGUCGCUAAUGAUACCUCUGCCCGCAAAGGGAGUUUGUCAUCCAAUGGUGACUUAGGAACACUGGAAAAAAACACAUGAAGGGUUAACGCAAGCAUCAUGACCAUUUCAUUCAUUUGAAGUGGUUGUGGUGCCUCGAGUAAGUAUGAAACACUGCACAUAUGGAGUUUAAACCUUUUUGCUGCAGGAGGUGCAACUCCAUCUCCGGCAGAGCCAUUAGCCAGCCUGGAGCAAGAGUUUCGGGCUGGUUAAUAUCAAUUCUGUGCAAAUUGUCAUACACAGGGUCCAUUCACUGGCUGAAAGCGGUCAGCUAACGCUUUCAGCCAUUUAUGGUGACUGGAUUGGCUUUUGCAGCUCUGCAGAGGCGUGCCACUAGAGAGGAAAGGAGCGUCUGAGUCUGGUGGGGACCCAGGUAAGAGGGCAAACUUUUGCUAAACUGUUUGCCCUGUCACCGGGGUAACCAAACUAGAGUACUACUCUAGCAGGCUAAAGUGCUUAUAAUGCUCGGAGUAAAAAGAGCCUUUGUUUUCUUGUGUGCAAAUCAUUCUGCAGUACUCUGCGCAUGCAUGGCUCUAGAAAGUAGGUUUUUGAACACAAGUGUAUGCCAGGCUGACAUAUUUCCAUCAAAAUCCUUGGCCAGUUUACUUUUAGAUUCCCCCCUCACCCUCUCUGUUGAAAUGUAUGUAGGUAUCGUCUAUGAGGUAUGACAGAGGUACAUGUGUAGCAAAGAAUAUUAUUAGCAAAGAAAUCAUCUUUAAUAGCCGUGGCUUUUUGGCUUUUUGCUGUUAUAGUUUGGCCAGUUUUGUGAAUGUAUAUAGUAUUAUAUGCCAAUGUAUAUACAAAUGGAUUCGAUUGAUUUAUACUUUGCAGUGAGAGAGAAUUAAUUAGGAUAUAAACCACAUGUUAAUUAUGUAUCUUGUAACAGAUUGUAUUUGUCCAUAUUGCAGAUGGAACUGAUUUUUUUAAUUUCUUUUUUUAGCUACAGCAUUUUAUUUACAGCAUUUAAAGGGGCAUCGUCAUGUUAAUAUUAGUUUAACUUAUACUAUAUUUAACAAACAUUUAUUUGCGAGGUGUUAAAAAAUAAAAUUAAAUGUAUAACGCAACACCCCUUUAUACUAGAUCUGGGCGCCUCCCAGAUUGCCAAGCAGUAUAUCCUCAUAGAUAUGCAUGAGCCAAAGCAUCUCUAUGAGGAAGGUUCAGCGCCUCCAUGCAGAGCGUGGAGAUGCUAAACGUCAGUGCAGCACUGACCCAGGAUGCACUUUUAGUGGCCAUCUGAGUGACUGCCACUAGAGGUGAUACUAGACAGUAAUGUAAACAAUGUCCUUUCUAUGAAAAGGCAGUGUUUACUUAAAAAAGUCUUCAAGGACAUACUAUACAUACCAGAAAACUACAUUAAGCACGGUGCCUGUCAUGCCCCAAAUAACGUAUGCUCAUUAGAUUGAGCAUAGGAUUUUAUCUAUACAUUGUUCUUGCAGUUUUGCUAGCAAAUGUAUAGAUUAGGAGAAAAAUCUAUUUAUAUAAUGCAUUGGCUGACAAGGGAGAGCAGAAAAGUCCUCCACCUCCUAGGAGGUCCCUCUGCUCUCCACCCAUGCUUCCUAGAGGGUGCUUCUAGCUCAGGCUAGGGACUCUAGGAACGGAGUGACGUGGCAUCACUCCGCUCUGAUGUCGGCCAGCAUGCCAAUGUCACUUACAAGAUAUAAGCAAGGAAAAUCAAAGAAGACUUUGGAAGGAGCCGAGGCAGAGUGAAGGACAGCCAGGAAGUAGGUGUUACACAAAGAGUAACACCUACAAACUGGCGCUGGAACGUAGGAAAUGUAAGUAAAUCUUUAUAUUUGACAUUGAAUACGCCAUGUAUCUUUAUGAUAAACGGUGUAUUCCAUGUAUAUUGGAGCAAUUUCAGGUAAGUCAUUUUUUUCUUAAAAGGUUCACUUUAAAAUAAAUCGAGGCCAAUAUUAGAACCACUUCGAAGCAAAGCACAACAAUAGGUGGAGCAGGACAAUAUGACUAGUGGUCGGUCACGUGGUUUAAGAAAGAUGCUUAUAAUUUAGGAUCGAUAUUCCAAAUAUCCAUGUUUGAAGGGGCACAGUAAUUAUGUAUGACUGCUUGCUUUGACAGAUGAGACAUGCAGGCCAUUUGACAUAUUGGAUGCUGUUGCAUCAAUUAUUUAUUAUUCACUUACACAGUCUUACCUCACAUAUGAUUUUCCAACACCAAUUCUUUGUUUUUCAAUUAUACCUUUUAUGGAGUUCUCUGUUCUUCACUCUCCUACACUCUAGGGAGAUGCCGUGAACUAUCAAACAAAUUCGUACAAUGAUUUCCCUUAACAUUGAGAUCUAUUAAAACCAGCCCUGGAGGUUUCAGCUCUAUUGGAUUUGUUGCAAAUUUGACCCUCACUGGUGUCCUCCCAUGCUUUGCCACUGUUAAGGUAGACUGAUGGAGAACCUCUGUAAAUCCACAACAUGGCUACGGGAAGAGCUGGACUCUUCAUCUCAAAACAUUCGCGUUCUGGACUGUCGAAGUAGGGAGCUCUAUGACUCUUCACACGUGGAGAAAGCUUUGCACGUGGCCCUACCUGGAUUAAUGCUACGAAGGUUGCGUAAGGGGAACUUCUCUGCCCAUUCGCUUCUUCCCGGAUCUCCUCCAGCUGUAAGAGAAGUGGCUAUUCUCUAUGACGAGUGCACCGCCAGCCUUUCGGGGUGCCUGGGAAGUCAAGGAGAGGAUCAGGAGCCAAUUCUUGUUACUUUGUUGCAUAAGUUAAGGAAAGAAGGAUGCCAAGCCUACUAUCUACAGGGUAAGACAUUUUAUCAAUAGAAAAUUCUAAUGUCACAUUUUUUUCAGUUAAGUAUUUGGCUUACUAAGGCUUUUUACUAUGAUACCAUCCAAUGAAAGUCAAGGUAGGGGUAUAAAUUCACUUUUAGAACCUCAGUGGCUAGGUGUUAAUAACCCUAAGUAAUAGGGAUUGAUUGCCGGAAACCAGUGCCAAUAUUCUGUACAUUUAAAGUUUUGAAAAUUCAACACAUUUUGUACACAAAUCUGGCAUUAAUUGAACAUGCUAACAGCAAUCACAUUCCUUUCACUUUCAGGCAGCCAGUAUAUGCUGGGAUCAGUGAGAUCCCAGCAUGCAUAGUGCUGUUACUGAUAGCAGUGUGAUUGCUGAUAGCAAUCACACUCCUGUCACUCUGUCAGCCAGUCCGGUACAUUACAGUAGAUUAUUCACUACCGCAUCUCCCUGCCUUCAUUUGAGCUCCGCAUGCAGGGGUUUACAGGGAGGGGUGACAUGAGGUCACAACAUGGCGCUUCACUAAUUGAAAACUGGCGUUUCUGGAUUCUGAAGAUGGUGUGCAGUGACAGGGAAAGAAGAGAAAGUUUUCUGUAAAUUCGAAGACCGAUACCGAUUAUCGGUGGCUGGUUGCACCCCUCCAGCACACGUGUCUUGGGCAUCCUGGAAAUCUGCUACCUAAUGUCAAUUCUGAGCACAAUACAUGUCUUUCGUCUUCGUCUACAGAAAGCUGGUGACGAGCGUAAAGAUCUCUCCCUUGCAGGGAAGGAAGAUAAAGCCUCACCUUGCAGGCAGAAACUUUAUCUUCCUUCCCUGCCCCCCUCCAAGCUUCCUGCAUUGAGAUGAUGGUAUGCACUGGCAUACAUACCGCAGCCGCAGGGUUGCAGCUGCUACUCCAGGGUGCCCGGCCGCCCUACGGACCCCUGCGACCGGGUACCCACGCCAUGUUUUGCGGCCCUGGCCAGUAUGGCAAACCGCCAGGGCUGCACAUGAAGGGGCCCAUCGGGUGGCCCAUGCUGUUAGGCCCCCUGUGAUGAUGUCAGACAGAACUGGGAGGAAGUGACUGCCCUGGUCACUCCUCCCAGCUAUCAGAGAGCCGCGCGGGAGGAAUCAGAAGGAAGUCAGAGUGGGAACUCUGUCUCCCAUCAGACUGAGCCCCACGGGACCCCAGGGAAAGUCACCCUCCUUCAAAAGGUAGGAAACAGGAGGGUGACUUAAACAUUUUGUAUAUGUGUGUGUUUGUAUGUAUGUGUCUGUGUGUCUGUCACUGUAUGUAUGUGUCUGUAUGUGUGUGUGCAUGUCUGUAUGUAUGUCUGUGUGUAUGUGUGUGUCUGUAUGUGUAUGUGUGUGUCUCUGUAUGUAUGUGUGGGUCUCUGUAUGUAUGUGUCUGUAUCAUACCGACAUACAUACAGAGACACACAUACAUACAGAGCCACAUACACACACAGACACAUACAUACAGACACACACACACACAUACAGACUGUAUGUAUGUGUGUGUGUGUGUCUGUAUGUGUGUGUCUGUGUUUAUGUGUCUGUGUAUGUAUGUGUGUGUGUGUCUGUAUCUGUCUGUCUGUCUAUAUAUGUGUGUGUAUGUGUCUCUGUAUGUGUGUGUCUGUAUGUAUGUCUGUGUCUGUAUGUAUGUGUCGGGGGGGGAGGGGCACGGAUCGGGGGGGGGGGAGCACGGAUCAGUUUCGCACCGGGGCCCCAUGCAUUGUGUGUACGCCACUGAUAGUAUGUAUAUAUUUUUUAACUCCCUUCUCUCAUUCUAUACCCUGCCCACCCUCUCCUCCCUGGCUCAGAACGCUCUGAGCCGGUGAAACGGUCCGAUCAGUCCAAUUGAUCAGACCAUAAAUGGGCAUCCUGAUGUCAGACAGAGGUGUAAAAGGCAGCUGUGGGAGCUUCUCCGACAAUAGAUUCCAGGUAAGUAUUUUUAUUUGCAGGUUUGUAAAGGGGGGCCUAGUAAAUAAUGCCCAGCAGGGCAUCAGUGUUAAUUUUGUUGACUGACCAUUUUUGUCAAAUUUUAGUCAACUAAAAUUUUUUAGAUUUAGUUGACUAAAACUAGACUAAAACUAAACAAUUCAGAUGACUAAAAUACAACUAAAACUAAAAUGGCUUUUUAGUCAAAAGACUAUGACGAAAACUAAAUUGAAAUUUGCAGCUAAAAUUAACACUGCGCAGAGGGGCUGUGGAAGGGGCAAAAAAAACAGAACAGGGCUUAGGAGAAAGACACCUAGAGGGCCUGGAGGACACAAAGAGACACAGAGGGGUGGUGGAAGAGGCAAACAAGACAAAUAGAGGCUUUAACUAAACCCAUUAUAUUUUAGUUGUGUCGACUAAAAUCUACUGCAGAUUUAGUUGACUAAAACUAAAAGAAUUCAGAUGACUAAAAUACGACUAAAACUAAAAUGGCUUUCUAGUCAAAAGACUAUGACUAAAGCUAAAUUGAAAUCUGCUGUCAAAAUUAACACUGCAGGGCAUUCUAACCCCUAUACCACAAUUUUAUUUUUUUUAAAGGGUUAAAGUAAUGCUUUAAUUAAAAAAAAAAAAAAAUGCUAAUAUUUUGAUAGCUAAUGUUCAGAAAUAUCUGGAAUUAAAAUUUUUUAUACCUUGAAUCCAUUCCAACUAUUUUAUAUAUAUAUAGUAUUUGUUUUUUCUACAGGUGGCUUCAGCAAGUUUCAGGCUGAAUUUCCUCACCACUGUGAAACCAACUUGGAUUCUACCAGCUGUGCUAGCAGUUCUCCUCUUCCUCCAACCCCCGUACUAGGACUAGGUGGUCUCUGCAUUGCUUCGGAUUGUUCGGACGUUGAGUCGGAUCUCGACAGGGAGCCUCUAAGUGGUGUGGAUUCCGAAGGAAUGAGUCCGCGCAACCAGCCCUCAUCAUUUCCAGUACAAAUCCUGCCAUACCUUUAUCUGGGCAGUGCAAGGGAUUCUGGGAAUAUGGACACUUUAGCUAAACUCGGCAUCCGUUACAUCCUCAAUGUCACCCCGAACCUGCCCAAUAUUUUUGAGAAAGAAGGAGAGUUCCACUAUAAGCAGAUCCCUAUAUCUGACCAUUGGAGUCAAAACUUGUCGCAAUUUUUCCCUGAAGCUAUUGAGUUUAUUGGUGAGUACAAGGUUACUAGAACUCUUUUUAUUGAUUAUGUCCUUAAUGUGGAAAUAUAUAGUUGAAUUUUUGCUAGACAUUUCCAGGAUGAUCUAUAUUUUAUCUAUUAAUAUUUACACCACCCCCUUAUGCUCAAACACUCUAUGAGAUACUAAGCAAAAAUGUUCUCCGAUUAUAUUGCUAAUUUCUAUCUUUUUUAUUUAAUUCACUGAAAUCACUAUCCACCAUGUCAAUUUUCGAAGUCUAUAUGUUUUACAUGAAGUAAAGAAUAUAAAGAUCUUACAGAGUGGUUACAUUUAUGUUUGAUAAACCAUUGCUGAACCUAUUUCAUCAUAAUUUGAAACCACAGAAAAUUGGCAGCAUAGAUUAGAUCGUAAAAAUGUCUAAUGGGUAUAUUUCCGUGCACUUUACGGACAUGUUUGUGCGAGAGCUUGCCUUUGAGGAUGACCUUCAGUCUGGCUUCUUAUUGCCUCCCGGAUAAAGUUACAAUAAUGACUGUCCCUCCUCCUCUUUUGAGGCACUUACUGCCUUUGUCUGGAGAUCUAUUUAUACCUCUGUGGUGUUAGUGGGAUUGUUAUUUUAAGAGAAUAUGAAGCACGUUGGGUUUUGAGGAACAGCCUUCAAGUGGACUUGGGGAAAAAUGAUCAUAGCGAUACUGUGUUAGAUGACACAAGACGAUUUGACUUUUAUCUCUCUAUCACUCGUUUAAUAAUAGAGAAAAUAUACAAAAAUAUUUAAAGUCAAUAGACUCAGAGCAGUUGGCAAAUAUUCCUUAGCUAAUGCAUGUACAAUCCUGUAUGUAUUUUUUUCUCAGUAAACAUAUUUUGAGCCUAAAUGUUGACAUUUCCCAUCAAUUUUAAUAGUUUAAUAAUACACUUAUGCUUGGUGGGAAAAGAGACGUAGAGCCACUUAGGUUAGGUAACGUGGCCUACGCUUACUGUAGAACUAAAUUUGUCAGCCAAUUGAGGGAUAUUCUAAAUUCCAGAAUUAUAAAGAACCCGUUAAUUGAUUCUAAAGAGUUACUAAACUAAAGGAGCUUCAAUGACUAGAUCUGGACUCACGGGCAUGGACCUUUUUACCUAUUGUACGUUCUCCCCUUAUUGUACAACGCUGCAGAAUAUUUUGGCAUUUUAUAAAUGCCGGUACUUAAUAAAUAAAAUACAUGUUUAUCAUUUAGAUCCAAUGGGUUAUCUUCAAAGAAACUGUUAGUAAGAAAAUGUUACAUGUUUACCUAGCAGAAUAAUUAUAGCAUUCAUAUGUUUGAUGUAAAGCUAGGAUUAUUUCCGAUUUUUAUAAUAACCAUGGCUGUUCCUAUUUCUUCUUCAGAUGAGGCGGCCUCUCAUAACUGCGGGGUACUUGUCCAUUGCUUGGCUGGCAUUAGCCGAUCUGUCACGGUUACCGUUGCCUACCUCAUGCAGAAGCUAAACUUGUCCUUAAAUGAUGCCUACGACUUUGUGAAGCGUAAAAAGACCAACAUCUCUCCCAAUUUCAACUUCAUGGGUCAGUUGCUGGACUUCGAGAAAAGUCUGGGUCUCAGUAGCCCGGAUGACAAUCGGCCUCCUAGCCACUCCUUCUUCACCAGCCCUUCCAGUGAUGAUGUCUUUGAGCUGGACUCUUUGGACUCCACGUAGGACAAUGGAGAUAUAUUUCAUGUUAUAACUGAUUCAUUUUGGAUAUUCCCUUCAUUCCAAUCUCGGUUUAAACCACUCGGAUAAUGGGAAUCAUCGAGUCAGCAGUGUUAAACGGAAACUGCCGGCACUCCCGCUGCAGAUUGUAUUCAACUAAUGGUAUCUGCGCGGUCACUUUUGGGGUCUCCGAGCCUACAUUUCAGUGACUGAAAUAAGCAGAACCUGCAAAGUAUUUUCAAAAUAAUUUUGGAUGGACAUUAAACUGGCAUAAAAUGCUGUAUACCCAUAAUAUGGGCAAGUACACAUAACUCAUUGCCUACUACAACUAUUGGAUAUGGAUGAUGUUGGUCUGUUCUUCAAGGAAUACAGAACAUUAUCCUUUCUUUAGAAUGUGGAAUUACACACAAUUUUCUUGCACCAAAGCAUUCAAACCGAAAGUUGACCUUACAAACAAAAAAAAGUCUAAUUUUUAUUAUGUUGCACAGGAACAGUGAGCUUUGCUAAGGUUAAAAUGCAGUCAGUUUGCUAUUACAACAUCGUUCUCCCUUACAGCAUUAAAUGGGUUAGUAUCUGAUUCAUUGUAAUUGUAUUUUUGCGGAAUUGCAUAACAGAGGCAGCAGAUGCUCUAAACGAAGUAUUCUCUGUUGAGAAUACACAAUUUAAACCAGGAAAGCACCAUGUUUCUAUGAAACGGAUCACGACAACGACUGACUCACUUGUUUUGUUUGAGUGGAGGCCAGAAGAUUAAAAAUGAAAGUGGCUGUAGAAAGGAAGAAUUCAGCUAAAUCGAGUACAUUUACUGGAACCAGCCUCCAUGCACAGGGUGAUUCAGACCAGCCCAGGCACGAUAAGAAUACACAAAGCCAUGCGUUCCACUUCUGAAAUUUGUACAGUGUUUCUAUUAUGAUAUUUUUACUAGCUCGUCAUUCAAACUUUGAAUCUCACAAAACAACUCUGUGGCCGUCGCCAUUGGGCAAUUUUCUUUUUUAAUAAUGCCACUCUUUCUCAGGCCCAGGGGCAAUAACAAGUAAAAAAAAAAAAAAAAAUACAACUCAAAACUCAGGAUUUCAUUUGGCAUCUAAAGAUCCUUCUCUUUCACAGCCAGUGUUCUUGUAGCCAAAUAUAUUUUGCACGGGGACAGAGCACUUGGUUUUAUCUCUUCUGUAGUGGGAGGCAAGGUUUGUUAUGUUCUAGAGUGAGCGACACCCUUAAGGUAGAAGGUUUCAUGCCAUUAUUAGAUACAGGGCCUCUUUUUACCUUUGAAAGCUGACACUACCAUACUGAGCUGUUAGUUUAAGUAUCGUGUCUAGAAAGUAGCUCUGUUGGCGUCCUUGAAGUUACAAGUCAAUGUUUAACAACAGCCAAAGAGCCACCGGUUGGCCAAGUCCGCACGCAAAGCUACAGAUAAAAUGGAUUAGUAUUUAUUUAGACAGGAAUUCAUAUCCGAAGCAGUUGACCAAAUAGGCAAGUACUUCUUUUCCUAAAAUGCCUUAAAGCAGUUGUGAAGUAUCCCCGUGAUAUGCUACUAAGAUUUCAUUCCUGUCUUCAAAACUAUUUUAGUAAAUACUUAUGAGGGUGGAGAAAAAUGUAAAUGAUGUAAUUUGUCAGAGCGAAAUGUUUUAGGUAAUGACUGAAGAUGUUACUUUAGUCUAAAGUUGGUACCUAAAUUAUAAAACCAGGCGUCUUAGUCAAAUGCUAAGAUCUAUGGUUUACUGAAACACUUUGCCGUGUGGUGUAGUAUUGGACGACAGCAGCCCUGUAUAAAUACAGCUCUAUAGAUACAUGAGAGCAGAUGUGUUCCCUUUUUCUGGUGACCUCGUAUUUCUUAAAUAGGAGGCCACAACCGUAAGAAAUGUGGCAGGAUGAACAAUAACUGGUGCAAGUUUAAGGGGUUGGAUGUAUGGUGGGGAUAGGCAGUAAGCAUGCAGCAGUUCACCAUUCUUCUAUGCCUGCAGGUAAAAACGAACAAUUUCUCAUGGAUUCCCAAUAAAUAUCCCCCAAACAUAUUAUUUAAUGUGUAUGGGUUAUAUCAAUCCAGAUGUCUAGUAUAUACGGCAUAUGUAAAACAGGGUUUGCACAUUUAUUAACCCAUGGCGUAUGUUUAUAAGGAUUUCUAAAAUUUAGCACUGUUCAGUGCCCUUUAUUGAGAUAAAUAAAUGUUAAAAAAAUAUCACUAUACCUUUAAUGUUAAAUGUAAAAAACAAACAAAAAAAAACCAACAUUAUUACACAUGUAAUAAUGGCAGGAAAUAUUUCUAAUUCCAAGUUGGUCAGCCGGAGAGGUGCUAGGGGGUGCAGUGAAGACAACUAAGCUGGCUAAUAGACAAUACAAACAAACACAAUUAAGCCCUGCACUCAAAAACCCACUGCCCCUGGGCGGCAGCAAUGACUAUAGUUCACAUAAGUCCCAAUACAUACAAUGAAAACCCAAAAAAUAUAUACUUGCGCGCUAUCCCAAAUACCUAUGAAUAUUUAAAAAAAACUGGAGGUUUAUUGUAUUCAGAAUAAAAUGUUUAUUGAUAGUAAGCUGGCUUUCACCAACAUUAAGAUAUUUUUGGCCCUUGUGUCUCAGCAGAAUUUAAACAUCUUGUGGCUCUGCAGUUAGCAAGGUAUUGCAUAUUAGUAACUAUGGAGGACGUUUGACAGUCGUCGGACAGAUUAAAGAGACUCUGUUACCCAAAUAGUGUUUAGACUUUGUAAAAACAAAUUCAUAGUGAUAUUAGAAUUAUCAGUAUAGUCUACAAAUUAAGAAGAAAAGCAGUGUUUACUUGGCUGUCACUUUUUGUCAUCACCGUCUGUAUACUAUGCAAAUUUACAUUUUAUUUUGUAAAGUAUAUUUUUCGUGUAUAGUUGUACUUGAGACUUUGCAGCUUGCAUUACCCCCCAACUGUGAGGCUACAUCUGCUUAUCACAGCUACAUCCCACACGUUAGCAGCACUGUCAGUCAUCCUAGUGCAAAUGCGUUCCAGACCUGUCUAAUUGAGUGGGGCGUUUCUUGUUAUCGUCCCAGUCAUAUAAUGUUCCUGCCCAGUUUCAUCCCAAUUACAUACCUCCCACCCUCUAUGCAUUAUAAUAGAGGUAAAUUGCAAUGAGAUAGGAGGACCCUGUCCAGUGUAGCUUUUAGUCUGAUUAUUUAUUUUCAUAUAACGUUCCCGAAAUUAAUCAAAGUGGGAUUUUUUUUUUUAAUGUAUUAUGCACUUACUUGCUUUGCUGCUAAAAUGGUAUAUAUACCUCUCUCAGACUAGUAACUAAAUCCACUUACUUACAGAACUGCAGUUACUAGAUUAGUAAUCACGGACAAUUAACAAGGGAAUUGAAACAUGUGGACAAAUUAAAUGAGCCGCAAAUAGCUGAAUUAGAAAAUGCUUCCAAUUUUGUUAUGUUGGCUAAUAAUUUUAGAUUGCGUGGCCCAUUCUCUGCUGUUCAAGGUUUAGUUAAUGAACUUUUGUGGAAGGGACAUAUCACCCUUAUACAGCGAAUAUACAGUUUGUAGAACGUGAAGACAUUGGACAUUAUGUACUGUUCGUUUCCAAAAGCUUAAAUUUAACUUCCUUAAAUGAUUCAUUAAUCCCACCAAAAAAUAAAAACACGACUGCUAAUGUCAAGCUUGACAUUCAACUCUUGCCACAACUUUGUCAUCCAGCAGUGGUGUGGAAAAAAUCAGUGUUUACAUCACAGUCUAGUAAUAACUCCACUGGCUACUCCUCAGAUGGCUGCUAGAGAGAGACUCCUGGGGCAGUGCUGCACACUAUGCAGUACAGACAUUCAGUGUCUCCACCCUCUGUAUGCAGACACAGAACUCUGCAUUGAUCUAAUUAAUGUCUAAUUAAUGAGGAGAUGCUGAUUGGUCAGGGCUGUGUUUGACUUGUGCUGGCUCUGCCUCUGAUCUGCUUCCUUGACAGUCUCAGUCAAUCCUAUGGGCAAGUAUUGUGAUUAGCUAAAACCACCACUUCUGAUGAUAUCAGCAGGCAGCUCAGGAGCAGAGGCAGCAGCUGCAGACUUGAAUACAAUUAAGAUUUUACUUUAGGGAGGCAAGGGCGGGCUAGAUGGUGGUUUUAACACUAUAGGGUCAGCAAUACAUGUUUGUGUUUCUGACUGUAAAAUGUUCCUUUAAGGUAUAUAUCUAAUUUAAUCUACAUAUUUUCUGGUGAUUUUACCAGUAACAUUUAUAGAUUAUAUCUAUAUCAACCUGAAGACGAGCCACACAUUCUGAUGACAAGUUCACUUUAAAAUAAAGGCUUAGAGUUACUUUAAUUAAAUAGAGUUAUUAUAAUUUGGGUGUCAUUAUGUUUGACAAAAAUCUGUUUAUUUGGCCUAAAUAAUGCAAAUGUGCGAUCAGUUUACCCAAAUUCUUUGUUUAGUGUUUAUACCUCCCAGAGCACUUACUUCAAUAAUAAGAAAUAAAUAAAGCCUAACAUUGCAUUCAUACAGUGUUAUUUGCUAAACCAGGAAUUGUCUGGAAAAGCUGUUUGUUUGUUUUUUUACAAUUCUGUGGUUUAGAAUUUUGAAGCUGCAGUUUCCUAGUCAAUACAUAGUUUACUGACUAACCAUGACUUUGUUUGUCUUUGUAGGGUUAAAAAGUAACCUCACAAUUUAGGAACUGUUUAAGAAAAGCAUUAACAUUCAUUAAGCCGAGGUGGCUAGUAAGUGCCCUUUACGAAGGGAUUAAAGGGAAACUAUAGCUAGGGUUACCAUAUCCAGCAUGUUUUCAGAGACACAUCACGUAUACAUAUUGAUUGGCAGCACAUGAAAAGGGUUGCCCUGUACUAUGUAGAAUUCAAAAGAAGGUGUAUAUGAUUAAUAAUGAAGAAUCCUGCAGAAUAUGCAUUAUACAUAUUUCUGGGCAACCCUGUCAAAGCACUUUCAUAAAUAUAACAAAAUAUAUUUGGCCCUGAAAACAUGGUGGAUAUCGUAACUCUAGCUAUGGGCACCCAGACUCCGUCAUCUCUGGGUGCAGAGUCCCUGUCCUCUUUAGAGAAACUGCAAUGUUUCAGUUGCAUGGUUAAAGGGACAUUCCACUGCCCAAAUUUAAAUAAACAAGUAAAAUCACUGUGUAGUACUUAUUCCUCAAAUAAAAACUUGCAUGCAUUUAAUUAUAAUUUUUUUUCAUUGGGGGUAUUUAAAAACAGAUUGCAAAACCUUCAGAUCUCUUGCCUGCUGCCUUUGAAAACCCUCCACUUCUACGUCUGCCAAGACAUUCUGUGACUGUCAAAUCACAGACUUUCCAAUGCAGCUCAAUGAGAAGUCUUUGCAAGGCAGGUGCUCUGAGUAAUUCCCAGCCUCUUGAGACUAGCUGAAUUCAGAUAACCAAACCAGGAAGUAACAGGAUUGGUUUUAUGAUUGACAACCAAGGGGGUGUAACAAGAUUAAUUUAUAAAAGUGUCAAUUUCUAUCAAAAUAUGCACUUUGUAAAAUGGAAAAACUCUGCACAAAUAAAGCCUUUCAGCAACCUAAAGUACUUUGAAGGUCUGGAGUGUCCCAUUAAGACUUCCGCUAGUGGUAGAGUAAUUCCUGGCUUUUCAUUGAGGCAAAAGGAUACUAUAGUGUUGGGAAUACAGCUUUGUGUCCUAACACUAUAAUGUUCUUUUAAUCUAAUGUCCAGGUGGUAGAAUUAAAUCCACUCCAUAGUCAAUGUAUCUUUGCCAAAAGAAUUGAGGAAUGCAUUCAGAACGUGUAACUUCCACUAGACUUGUGUACAAAUCCUUUUCACCUGUGACAAGCGAAUCAAAUUCCUGUUAAUCUAUGCCCGAACGAAUAGAUCUGUCACGUAAAUCCCGUGUCAUUCGGCAUAGAUUAGUUUGUUGCAGGUCACAAGAUUUGUGCACAAGUCUAAUUUCUGUAGUUUUAUUGUCUGUUCUCUAAAUGGUGAAGAUUGGUUUAGUUUACAAAUAACUUAGGUUAGUUGAUAAAAACAAAUUAAGCCAAAAUAGUUGAAUUGUAAGAACAAAAGUUGGGGAAUGUGUCUAAAUUUGCUAGUUUGGUCUGACGUUAAUUUUAACUCAAUACAACUUUACGGACAAAUUGGCUACCUGCUUUACGACUUUAGCGUCAAUCAUUCCCUAUCUCUCUAUCUAGGUGCUCACAAGGCUUAAAACCCAGCCAACCCCCAAAAUUAUUUUUUGUUAAGGGGGCAAGCCCCGUGUUGCCAGGCAUAGGGCAAAUCUAUUUGGGUGAACUAUGUAUUGCUUGAUUUAUUAAAUAGCUAACUGUUAAAAGGAGGCAAUGGUAUGUCAGCCAGACUAAUUGUUUCCUAUGAAUUCCCCAGCACAGAAAAACCCGGAUUCAAGGGGGACAGCUGAAUUAUUGUUCCUUUUGCUGCUAUAUUUUAAUUUUUUUUUUUAAAGGAAAAACCAAAAAUCGUUUCCUGAAUUAUUUUAUUUUUUAUUUUUUUUGCAGUAUACAUCGGAAUCAGCAGCAGAAAGCUGCUUUCAAUGGCAUUUUUAACGCAACACCUGUUAUCCCGAAAUUUCACACUGACAUUUGUCAGGUCAGGAAAUGCGUCAGUUGGCUCUAUUACCUUGUUAAAAUAUUUAAUUAACGAGGGAAAAUUUAGGAGCAACGCAGUAUUCAAUAUGCAAGUUGGGGGGUGUUAUUGCCUUUUUAAUUAAAUGACCUGUAUAUUCAUUAUUUGUUGUAUGAUUUUUAAACAGAAUAAAAUGCACCUUUUUAUAUUCACAAUGUGCUUUAUUCUAGCAAGGAAUGCAUCAUUUAUUUUCACUUUUUCAAACAAUCAGCUCAUUGGCACCAACCAUGGAGACUUAAUUUACCAGAUUAUCCAGAGUUUAUUGCUUAAGGCACAAGGUAUUAGUAUCUCAGAAAGUGAGAAAUAUAGUAACAUGAAAUGUGACGGCAGAUAAGAACCAUUCGGCCCAUCUAGUCUGCCCAAUUUUCUAAAUACUUUCAUUAGUCCCUGGCCUUAUCUUAUAGCUAGGAUAGCCUUAUGCCACUUCAGCUGGAAGGCUAUUCCAUGCAUCCACUACCCUCUCAGUAAAGUAAUACUUCCUGAUAUUAUUUUUAAACCUUUG